AUGGAGAACUCCACGUUCCUGCUCUCCUUGAAUUCCAGCGCCAACUCCUCGUCCCCGGACUGCAGCGGUGAAGACAACCCUUACAAGUGCAAAUUCGACGAGGAAUUCAAGUACAUCCUCCUUCCGGUCUCCUACGGCAUUGUCUUCGUGGUGGGCCUCUGCCUCAACCUGCUGGCGCUCUACGUCUUCCUCUUUCGGAUCAAGAACUGGAAUGCCUCCACAACAUACAUGUUCAACUUGGCGGUGUCCGACACCCUCUACGUGAUCUCUCUGCCCCUUCUGGUGUACUACUACGGCGUAGGGGACAAUUGGCCCUUCAGCGUGGGCCUGUGCAAAAUCGUCCGCUUCCUCUUCUACACCAACCUCUACUGCAGCAUCCUCUUCCUGCUAUGUAUCAGCGCCCACCGGUUCAUGGGGAUCUGCCUCCCGCUGAAGUCCCUGGAGUGGGGCCAAGUCCGUUAUGCCCGCUGGGUGUCGGGUAUCAUCUGGCUGGUCGUCAUCGCUUGCCAGUCUCCGGUGCUCUUCUUCGUCACCACCAGUUCCCGCUGCGGCGCCAUCACUUGCCACGACACGUCGGCGAAAGAACUUUUCGGGCAGUUUGUCAUCUACAGCACGGUGAUGCUCGUCCUGAUGUUUUGCAUCCCCUUCCUCGUCAUCAUCGUCUGUUACUGCCUCAUGGCCCGCAAGCUGCUCCAGCCAACCCGCGGCACCACCCGCAUGUCCAGCUCCAAGAAGAAGUCGGUCAAGAUGAUCAUCAUCGUCCUGGUGGUCUUCAUCGUCUGCUUCUUGCCUUUCCACGUCACACGCACCCUGUACUACUACUUCCGCACCUGGGACCUGAGCUGCGAGACCCUCAACGCCAUCAAUUUGGCUUACAAGGUCACCCGGCCGCUGGCGAGCACCAAUAGCUGCCUGGAUCCCAUCUUGUACUUCCUCGCAGGGCAGAGGUUUGUGAAAUUCGCCUGCCCCAAAACGCCGGCGCAAGAGCGGAACCAGACGGACUCGGACAGCACGCCCAACUGUCAUACGCGGGCCAAAAACGCUCUCGCCAUGAAAGCGAAAAGUCUGGUGUCCUAGCCUGUUACAUUUCUGACCUCAGCGGUCUUGCAAAGUGUUACCUGUCUACAAUGGUAGAGGUUC